UCUGGACUAUUUCAACCCAAGAAGGCUCUUUUCCUAAAUCCCCUUCUUUCCCUUUGAGCUCAUCACGACGUUUCACCCACGUCUUUCUUUACUUGUAUUUUUCAGUAAGAAACACAUUCCUCGACCCUUCAUACGAGAACAUUUGGAGCAGGCACCAUGUUCACGUUGAAGCCCUACCCCGCCUUCUUGGCGCUGGUAGUACUGCUGGUCUUCGCACGGCCAGCUCUCGCCUUUGGUGCUGGCAAUAUCGCCAGUAUCUCCAAGGUUGAGGGUCAAAACUGGCGCCAUGGCGACAUCGAAGACACGCUGCUUUCCCUUCUCAUGGCCCGAGCUGUCGGCGGCAAGAAGUUCGACAAGCUGGCCGUCUCCCGAGUUUACUUCGGCAAUUGGCUCCGAGAUUACUCCCAGGCUAUCGAUGUCGGUACUGUCAAGUCGGUGUCUGCAGAAGCCAUCCGCCUUCUCCUCUGUAUUCUUGGCUUCAUGAGCUUCGGCUUUGGCUCCAAGGAAUUCGAGGUGACUGCGGACCGUCUUGGCUGCUACCGCCCGGAAGACCACAUCGACAACCCCAAGAACUAUGCCGACAAUGUCGACGCACGCCAGUACGAUCGCAGACUCCGUGGUCCUAUCGACGAGGGCGUCGAGCUCGCCGUUGAUGAGGAGACCGGCAUGAAGAACUACAUUGCCAAUGAGCGCGUCGACAUCAUGACCUCGGCCCUCCAUGUGAGAAGACUAUUCAGCCGCUGCAUCGAGCUUGGACGCAAUUACCAGCGUAACCAGAACAAGGCAGACUUCCACGAAGCUCUGCGACUCAUGGGCACCGGACUGCACUGCCUUGAAGACUUCCUUGCCCACAGCAACUACACCGAGCUAGCUCUCAUUGAGAUGGGCGAGCGCGAUAUCUUCCCCCACGUCGGCCGUGAUACACGUAUGCGACUCCAGGGCGCGCGUGAGGAAGUCUACCCACUUGUGACUGGAACUUUCGGCGGUGUGGACUUUUUGCACUCUGUCACUGGUGAAGUCUCGGACAAGUUAACUCAGAAUGAGAUCGACGAACUCGAGGGCGUGCUCCAGAACAACUCUCGCAAUGAUACCAGUAUCAUCGAGGGGCUUCUGGAUAAGAUCCCAGAUGGCAUGUUCGGUGACACCGGUGACAAGAAGCAAAAAAUGGGGGAGAUUCAGCAGAAUGCCCAGAGUGCUCAGAUGGAGAACAUGUCGGUCUCUCCCCGAGAGCCUGAGGAGUACACUCGCUACGUCCAGCAAGUCUUCCAGCAGAUCAUGCCCGCGAUCGAGUUCCACGAUGAUCUCAUGAAGGGCAUCAGCGAGGCAAUUGAGAAGAUCCCCGUUUUGCCCAAGAUCGUCGAGCAGUUGGAAGAACAGAUGUCCGUCUGGGUCUUUUCCAUUAUGGCACCUUUCGUAGUCCCUGUCAUUCAACAAGUCAAGAAUGAGCUGCGUACUGGAUCCUCGGAGAUUAUUGAGAGCAGCAAGAACGAGCAGCACAUCGUCUUCAACGAUGAUAACUGCACUGACCCCACUCACUCCAUGCUGUCCAAGGAUCACUUCUCCAACAUUCUGAAUGAAGCCGCUGGCAAGACUGCAAGCAAGGUUGUCGCUUGGGUCGUACCUCAACUGAUGGAGGCGUGGGAUGAUGAUGGUGUCGACGUCGAUCGCCUCAUGAACCGUAUUAUCUAUGGCGUUAUGCAUCACCCAGCCCAACGCGACAUGGGCGAGGAUGGUGCUCAAGACGGUCGAAAUAUCAUGUUCCGAAGCAUUGAGGAGUGGUGGCGCCAGAUGGACGACGGCGAGAAGGACGAAUACCGGCGCAAACUUUCUCGGGACGGUGUUGAGAAUGGCGAGAAUCACAAGGAAGGGGUUGCUGAUUCUGGUCACGGCUGCGGUGGACAUCUAGGAAUGCACAAGAACUUUGCCAAGGGAGGUACGAUGGAGGACCGAAUCGCAGGAGCUGCUGCCGAUGCCAUCGUUGGUGGAAUUACCGGCAGCAUCUCGGACAUCGUUCAAUCUCAAACUGGAGUCCACCUACCUUCAACAGAGGGAGGCUAUGGCGGUCGCCAGGAACAAUCAUCAGAGGGAGGUGGAGGUGGAGGUGGCUUAGGUGGCUUCCUCAGUUCAGUCGGGGGUUCACUUCUUAGCGGAGCAUUCAAAGACGAGAAUAAGACGUCUUAUAGCGAGAGUCGCCAGGAUAACAAGUCGUAUACCGAGAGUCGCACUGAGUACGGCCACUCUGGAAAUCGUUACGAACAAGCAGAGGUUACGGAAACGCAAUACUCGAGCGGACGCGAAACUCGCGAUUACCAACGCUAUGAACAGGACGAAGACAGCCGUGGUAACACCAGGGGCUACGGCUACGAGGAGCGGACCGAGGAGUAUGGUGGAGGACGACGUGAGGAGGGCGGGUAUGGUGGUGGCCGAGAGGAGUACGGUGGAGGACGACGUGAAGAGGGUGGAUAUGGUGGUGGCCGAGAGGAGUACGGUGGUGGACGACGUGAAGAGGGCGGAUAUGGUGGUGGCCGAGAGGAGUACGGUGGAGGACGACGUGAUGACGAGGGUGGAUACGGUGGCGGUCGCGAGGACCGACGGGAGGACCGCGGAGGAGGCGAUUUUCUUGGAGGCAUCCUGGAUAGCGUUGACCGGGCCAACGAUGGAGAGCGGCGUGGUGGUGGCUGGGGCUUCUAGUAGAAAUUACGGGAUCAGCCAGGAUUUUCUGCGAAUAGAUAUUACGGUGGAGUCAAGUUGUGAAGAUUGUUGGGAGUGGUUGCAUUGGACAGAAACACUAAAAUGGGCUGAGUAGCGAUUAGUUUCGCUACACGAUGAUUACGACGAAGUAUGAAUUUCUCAAAUUA